AUGCUGUUCAGCUUGACCUCAGAACAAGGAGAUGGCAAUCAUCAUGACUACAUGGUAAAAUGGAAACAAGGCAUGGAAGAAGCAUAUGAGAUCACCAGAGAAAACGCUCAUAAAGCAGCUGUAAGAAGUAAAAGACAUUAUGACAGCAAGGUGAAGAGCUCAGUAUUACAGCCAGGUGAUCGUGUUUUAAUAAGGAACAUGACACCUCGAGGAGGUCCAGGCAAGCUGAGGAACCACUGGGAGGAUGUGGUUCACACAGUCGUUCGUCAGGUCAGCAGAGAUAUCCCAGUUUAUGAACUCAGACCUGAGAAAGCAAAAGGGAGAUCAAGGAUAUUGCAUCGCAAUCUCCUUCUGCCAUGUGACCAUCUGCCUGUUGAAACUGAAGUGCGACCACGAACAAGAAAAAGAGCUGUGGAGACAAGUGAGGAAGUGGAACAAGCUGAGGAAGAGGAUGACGAUGAUGAGUACUAUCCAGUGUCAUCUCAGCAGCCAUUUGAGCCACUUUACCCUCCGACACUGACUCCUAUGAGCACUGAUAAACCAGCCAAACACCUUCAAACAGUGGAAAACAUGUCAUCUGAGCCAGAGAAUGAACAUGAAGUACUGAACCAAUGUGAACAACUACCUGACCAACAGGAAAAUUAUGUUGAGGAACCAUCAGUGGAGGAACCCGUUCCUGUACCUGUUCCAGACAAACACAGCAGGACCAGUGAACAAGAGUAUCAUCGACCGAUGCUGAACUGCUGUGAGGGGGACAUUCUCCUUUUGCUGGACUCCUCGGGAAGUAUAGCAAACUAUGAAUUCUCUUGUCUGUUGUUCUUCGCCGCCGACUUGCUGCGUCCCUUUUCACUGGGCCGUGGGCAUGUGAGAGUGGGGUUGCUGCAGGUGGGCACCAACCCUCACCUGGAGUUCGGCCUCGACGUCCACAGCAAUCAGGAGAGUCUGCAGUCGGCCAUGCAGGGCGUCAGGCAGCUGAAAGGAGACACCAACACUGAGGCGGCGCUCGGCGUUGCCCGCGAGCUGCUGACGGAGACGGAUGUGAAAGUUCCAAAGAUUCUCCUGUGGCUGACUGACGGAGUGCAGCCUGGUGACGUGGACAGACCAAUGUCAGAGCUGAAGACUCGGGGAGUCUCCGUGUUAAUAGUGUCAACUGUACAUGGGAACUACCAGGUGCUAAAACGUGUGGUGACACCUCCGCUGGAGUCUCACUUAUACUCUGUGGACAUAGAUAACAUUGACAUCAUCACAGAGGACCUGAGGAAGGCCAUGAUAGAAAUCAUUCGUGCUGAACGGCUGCGUGUGAUUGAUUUGACCUCCCACAGCGCUGUGUUGCAGUGGCGCCCUGUUCUGAGUGAAGACAGUGGUUAUUAUGAACUCUGGUAUAAGUCCAUGAGCAAACCAGGUCGUGAGAUUAGACAUACUUUAACGCGAGACUCCAGCAGGGCGGAGCUGAAAAAUCUGCAGCCUGAAACGACUUACACAGCGUCCCUCCGCCCAGAGUCCAACCAGGCAGUGUUUAAUACACUCACCGUAACCUUCACUACUUUUCCUGAUGUUUUAAGCCCAGCAGUGGUCUACCUGUCAGAUCAUGGUCCUCAUCAGAUCCGUGUAAGCUGGGGUCCUCUGCAGCUGGCUCGGGUACAGCAAUACACAGUGGAGUACGGAGCUAUCCCUAGUUCACAUGUCCGCACUGUGACCUUACCCAGGCAGAAAAAUUCAACCUUACUGACCGGCCUGGAGCCGGGCACUCAGUACCUGGUUACAGUCACUGCUCUGCAGGUGGAUGGAAAAGAAAGAGCUAUGUCUGUGAGAGCCUGCACACUGGCAGAAGCUCUGCCUGCUCUGAUCGACCUUCAGCUGGAACCAGCAAAACGACGGGACUUGGGGGUGGAGGAGAUGCAAGUAAAGUGGCAAGCCUAUCAGGGAGGAUUAAGAGGCUACUGGAUCAAAUGGGAGACAGAAAACCCCCACGGCACCACCUCCUCAAUGUACCUACCUCCUAGCUCCCGUUCAACGCAGCUCACCCAUCUUGCACCAAACAGUCGAGUGUGUGUGUCCCCCAUCUACAGCUCGGGCCGAGGAGAUGGGCUGUGCUGCACUGCCACGACUCACAGAGGUUAG